ACUCCCCACUCCUUGGCAUUUGUGGAUAGGCAAAAGAACAACCAAACGUCUUUCAAAAUUUAUUGAACUUAGUCGAAAUUUUCGUCACUUUCCCCGCCCUCCCCACCCGCCCAUCGCAGUGAAUUCACGAGGGAGACUAGGACUGCGUUUGGACCAGAACUCCGCGGGAAUUUCGUGUCAUCCUGUCGUUGGAUCCAACAUGGCGCUUGUGGCGUCUGGAGGAGAUGUGAUACAAUUUUCGGUGCAAAAUGCGAUCAACAGUGACGAAAAACAUAUUGGAGUAGAUGUCUUCCACUUUUCCAAAUCGUGCAGAACUUUCACGAGAACUGUGAAGAAACUGUUGCCUCUUAGCCUCUCAGGAUCAAAGUUUGAAUUUGUUUGUGCGAGGUCUUUGCUAAACUCGACCACAGGCAUGUACCAGACAUGUUUGUUGUUACGCCACGGCCAGGAUUAUGUGAAGCAUGCCAGUACAGGAGAAUUCCAUGUUUUACUUCUGGAAGACUAUGAUUCACUGUUUUUGCUCGGUAGUUUUGAGAUUCAAGCCUCGCAGACAUCAGAUAUUGAAUUUUAUUUUAUUGAUGGACCGGCAGUGUGCUGGAACUUUCAAGGCUCGGUCUUCUUCGCGCGAUAUAAUUCUACACUUGAGGAGUUUACAACUGAUUCUAUAACCGUGGAUAAUUCGAUGAAUGAACAACUGGGAGUAGAAUUUAAUCUAUUAUGGUGUGGGUUAAUCAAAAACAAAAUGAUCGCCAUGGGAUCAAGGUCAGACGGUAAAGCAAGAUGGACAUGUGUCAAUCAUCAUCAAAAUGAUAUUCAAGAGAUCCCAUUAGUUCCAGAUGUGUAUGUUCCCAUAGCAACGUGCUGUCUUGUAAGGGAACCCUUGCAGCUGACAUCUGGAUGUUUUAACUCUAUCUUUGAUGGGUUGGAUGUGUAUUUAGCAACCAAUAGAGGACAGCUUCUGAACUUUGUAAGUGGAUGCCUCAAAAGUUGUUGGCAGCUGCCAUUCAGUGAUCCUUGCAGAAUUUGGACGUUAGAGCUUUCACCAGAUGAAGUCAUGGUUAUGGUGGCAUCAAAAGCAAAGAAGGUCUGUGCAGUUGACUGCACAAAAAGGAAGGUAAAUUUUAUAGUCCAAAACAAAAUAUAUCAAAUUUUAAGGGAUCCACCUCCCUUUGCAAGAUAA